CAUUAACGACCACGCUCAUCUCAAGCUUUAACGUAUUUCCGAUUUUUUUUGUCACCGGUAAUUAGAUAAUAAAAUCAUUUUCCUUCCUGUUGGUCUAAUUUUUUUCUUAUUUUCCGUUGCUCUCUCCCCCUCCCUGUCUCUCUGUUUCUCUCUCUCUCUCUCUCUCUGAGGUGCGAGGGUUUCGCGACAACGAAGAGAUCUCUCGAGGUGAACAUUAGGCGGAGAAAAUCCAGGGGGUUUGGUUUCAUUGUUGAAUUCGCCAUGCGAGAAAUCCAGGAUUCUGUUACUGGGGAGCUCGUUUUCGAGGCGUGCUAUUGACGAGUUUGUGGAUUUUCUUCGAGAAGGUUCUUUAGGGAUUGUAGGGCUUGGAUUCGAGAUUCGGACGCGGUGGAUGACGUGAAGUAGGGGUUCGAUCCCCGCACUUUUUUCUGCUAGCGCUUGGAAGGUUUGGAGGGAAUGGGGAACCAUUGAGGGGUCCUCUACCAUAGUGUGGAGGAUCCCUGUCGACGGAAACAACGCAAAUUGUUGCUCCUUCUGCGGGUGGUGGGGCUACACUAGUAGAGUGAUGGGCUGUUCAGGGUGUUGGUGAUUUGGAUCUUGCUGGUUCUACCCAGAGCGGCCGGAACAGAUGUUCUUCUCCGGGACGACGGAUUCAAUGCUAGAAACCUGUGGAGUGGCAGCAAUGUCAUCGGUUUCCAUGAGAUUUGUGUGGCCGUAUGGUGGCCGGCGUGUCUAUCUAUGUGGCUCUUUCACAAGGUGGUCUGAGCGCAUACCAAUGUCCCCAAUGGAGGGAUGUCCUACCGUGUUUCAGGUUAUCUGCAGGAUCAUUCCUGGGUAUCAUCAGUAUAAAUUUAUUGUUGAUGGAGAGUGGCGCCACGAUGAACAUCAACCAUACGUUACUGGGGAUUAUGGAAUAGUAAACACUAUCAUGAUUGCCAGGGAACCAGAUCCAGGUUCUGCAUUAUUCACACCUGUUUCUAGAAUGAACAUGGAUGUGGACAAUGAAACUUUUGAUCGUGUGGUCACAUUAUCAGAUGGCUCUCUGCAGGAGCCAAUGACUGGAAUGUCCGAGGCUGAUAUAAAAGUGUCACGCAAUUGCAUAUCUGAAUUCUUGUCCAUCCAUACUGCAUAUGAAUUAUUGCCUGAGUCAGGCAAGGUGAUUGCUUUAGAUGUCAACCUGCCUGUGAAGCAAGCAUUUCAUAUCCUUUAUGAACAGGGAAUUCCAGUAGCUCCUCUUUGGGAUUUCUAUCAAGGGAAAUUUGUUGGGGUGUUAAGUCCAUUGGACUUUAUUUUAAUUCUAAGAGAACUUGGAAACAAUGGGUCGAUACUGACAGAAGAAGAGCUUGAGACACACACAAUAUCUGCUUGGAAGGAGGAGAAAUUGCACCUCCACAGGAAAACUGCUGGGAGACCACUUGUUCAUGCGAGUCCUUAUGAUUCUUUGAAGGAUGUUGCUUUAAAGAUUUUGCAGAACAAAGUAGCUACAGUUCCUAUAAUCCAUACUUCUUUGCCAGAUGGCUGUUUUCCACAGUUGCUGCAUCUUGCUUCCCUUUCAGGAAUUCUGAAAUGUAUUUGCCGACACUUUAGACACUCAUCCAGUUCCCUGCCAAUAUUACAACAGCCCAUCUUCACCAUGAAUUUGGGUACAUGGGCUCCAACAGUUGGCGGUUCAAGUGGACACCAUUUGGCUACUCUGAAAUCAAAUGCAUCACUAGGUUCUGCGCUCUCUUUGUUACUCCAAGCUGAAGUUAGUUCCAUACCAAUAGUUGAUGAUAACAAUUCUCUUGUUGACAUAUAUUCUAGAAGUGAUAUCACAGCCUUGGCAAAAGAUAAAGCUUAUGCGCAGAUUCACCUUGAUGAAACAACUGUUCACCAGGCACUGCAGUUAGGACAAGAUAUGAAUUCGCCUUGUGGUUUCUUUAAUGGGCAGAGAUGUCAGAUGUGUCUGCGGACAGACACCCUUCAGAAAGUCAUGGAGCGGUUGGCAAAUCCAGGUGUACGCCGAAUUGUCAUUGUGGAGGCUGGCAGCAAGAGAAUUGAAGGCAUCGUUUCUCUGAGCGAUGUGUUCAACUUCUUGCUCGGCUAGCUUGCGUUCUUCCCACCUAUUGAUUACAAGGCAUUACUGGUGCCCCUGCAAUUGAAGAAAGCAGAAUCCAUUGUUUUUCUCCACUGUUAGUGUUGUUGGGGGGGCUUAACAUGUUCAUCGCUGAAUGUGGAUGUCGAUGUUGCCUUUGAUUGGGUGGCCCUUGCUUUGGGAACCUGUUUUAUUGGGAUGCAGGUUCGCAGCUUGAGGUCUAGAGAUGAGGGAUUUGAUAUUUGCCUUUUUUUAAUUGUCGGUGCAUUGUCAUGCUAACCGCGUUCAUUUCUUAUGAUCCUGUAACCAUCGUUGUACUUCAAUCAUGUCCCGAUGAAAUUAAGAAAAAUUCCCUUGUA